AUGAACAGAAAAAGAAAAUCAAGCAGACAAAAGCUUGAGAAUGUCUGCAACCAUGGCGGAAGUGAAGCUCUUGGGAUUUUGGUCGAGCCCUUUCAGCAAGAGAGUGGAAUGGGCUCUGAGACUGAAAGGGGUCGAGUUCGAGUACGUAGAAGAAGAUCUACCCAACAAGAAGAGCGACAUGCUUCUUCAGCUCAACCCUGUUCACAAGCAGGUCCCUGUUCUUGUCCACAACGGACGGGCCCUGUCCGAGUCGCUGGUCAUCCUCGAGUACAUCGACGAGACUUGGCCCGAUCCCCCCUUGCUGCCGGCUGAUCCGUACGACCGAGCCACGGCUCGGUUCUGGAUCCAGUUUCUCGUCGAUGAGUCCCCGAAGCUCCGAGCGUGGAUGACAGCCGCCGGCGAGCAGCAACCGUCUGCGGCGGCGGGGGCGCGGCGGAUGCUGGCGACGAUAGAGGAAAAGGCUCUCGGAGACAGAGAGUUCUUCGGCGGAGAGAGCAUAAACAUGGUCGACAUCGUGUACGGAUUCAUCGCGUAUUGGAUCCCGGCGGCGGAGAAGCUUCAGGGACCGGAGACUCUGCUUGAUCCGGCGGCUCUUCCGCGACUCACCGCCUGGAGUUCAAGAUUCCGGCGAUCUCCGGCGGUCGGAGAAAACUUGCCGGAGUUCGACGAGUUGGUUGCUUACUUGGGGAGCGUGAGGGAGAAGAUUCUUCUUCGUCGUUGAUCCGAUUUUGUGAAUUUGCGAAUGCUCUGUUCUGUUGUCUGAUGUAAUUUAAUUAUUAUUAUUAGUUUUGUUUUGUUUGUUUUUUGUUACGUGGAGUCUACGAUUGUUAUGUCGUGUCUUUGUCCUUGUUUGUUUUCUACGUGUAAGAAAAUAAAAAGAUUGUGUUAGCCUUAAAGAAAAAAUGAAAAAUAGUCGAAAGUUUUAAUUUUCGA